CGUUCACGUCUGCACCAGUCCGGCAGUAUCUUCCUUAGCGAACUGACGUUGUCGGGAAGGGACGAAUUUCCGAGUUUUUAGACUUCAUCAGCAACUAUUUUACAACAAAGACUAUAAUUCGAGAGUUCAAGACUGUAGGGUGCAGCUGUCAAAAUUGAUUUUUAAUUACGAUAAUAAGGUCUGCUGAAAUGGACCUAAAAAUGGCCAAUAACAACAAUACGUCUACGCUGAACGGCAAUGAAACAACUAGUUUUACACUUCAUGUCACAAACUUGCCAUUAGAAUUAGAAAAGGAUGGCGUAGAAAACAUGUUCCUCACUUAUGGAAAGGUGACUGGCACGGUUGUCUUCAGGGCAAAGAACAAUACCAAUCAAGCCUACAUUUCAUUCUCUAAGUACGGUGAAGCAGAACAGGCUAUAUCCGAGUUGAAUCAGAAAUUGCCAUUAAUGUUGAAUAUUCGAUUUAAGGAUGAUUAUAAAAUACAGAAGACUAAGGUUGAUUUGUCUGCUCCAAUAGUUGACUUUAGAUACAAUGAUAGUUUCUCAGAUAAUUCAUCAGGCACAAAGAAAGUCAUUGAUGUCAAAAAAGUUAAUUGUACACCAGCUUUUCGGCCAAAUGCUUAUACAAGUGAAGAUGAAUUAUUAUAUCCAGUUCCAAAUAACACAACAACAUUUAAUCCAUAUGAAUCGCCAGAACCGUAUCGUGACACGAAUUUAAUGUACACAAGAGGAACUGUCCAUGUAUCAAAAGAUGGUCGAAGACAUAUUUCUUAUGGCAGAGGAUACACAUACUACAAUUUACCAGAACCACAUUAUGACAUUGCAGCAUAUCUUCAAAAUGUUUAUGAGAAACGAGAAAAAGGCCUUUAUGAAUAUGCCACAGAAGAAGUGGAAGAUGAUACUGGUCUUUGCAAAAUAUGUUCUGCCCCUACGCCAUUUAGAUGUCAAAAGUGUGGUAUAACUUUUUAUUGCAGUAAACCUUGCCAAGUCAAUGAUUGGGCUAAUCAUAAAUUAGAAUGUCAACCAAUCCCACCAUUAGUAAAAAGAGUUUCUAACAAAUCUCAAGUGCAAAAUGGUCACGAUAUCGAGUCUAGUACAGAAGACCAUAAAGUUGAGUCCAGUGUAAAAGAAAUUGAAGCUCAAAGCAUUACGCAACUACGCCGUCCAAAAACUACUCCUCAUCAAACCCAACAACAGCAACGGCAGAUAGCUCCAUCUCAAGAAUCAGUUCAACCAACAACGUCGUCUUCAUAUGUCAAUCAAAAUAAGGAUCCAAAAUUUUUACGUGACAACUUUAGACCAAAGUUAACAUCAGCUAUCACAGUACACCAAGAUCAAACAAACAUUUCAGGUCUAAAGAGCCCUGCAUUGUCAACGAAGAAUACUGAUAAUCAUCAAACGCCUAAUGAAAACCGAAACGAUCUAAACAAACAAUCAUCUACACCAGACAACUUUAAAGCUGUGGCUACAAGCUUCCCUGCUAAGCCACAACAUUCACAGCAGCGUAAAAUCGACUUGAAAACCAACGAUGACGAGAUGGGUUUUCAAUCAUCACAGUUUAUUCCGAAAAAUGAAUUUGUAAAAGUUGUGAUCACGUCGUCUCUCGAAAAUGGCAAUUACUGGGUACAAAGGUGCAGUGAUGUUGAGACAAUCGAGAAACUUUUCAUGGAUCUACAAAAUUAUGCCGAUGCUACAGAGCGAGUUCCACCUGAAGAAAAUGUCAAGUGCAUUCUGCAGACUGAUGGCCUAUGGUAUAGAGCUACCAUUGUCUCUUUAGAUAAGAUUUCAAAGAUUUUCUAUCAUGACUGGGGUACAUUUGACGAACUUGAAGUAAAUGAAGUCUGUCCAAUCAAUGGUUUUGCUGAAAGACCAACGCUUUCUCGGCAAAUUCGUCUUGCAGAAGGUACAGAUUCUAGUUGUAAAGGUUUGAAUGUCGACGACACACUAUCGGUGAAGGCAUUGAAUGUUUUGGCGGACGGUACAAUCGUUGUUCAAGCACAACCUUCAAAGAAAGUUGAGACUCCAGUUGAAUCUACUCAAGUUACUGAAAAGAUGGCUAACUGCAAUGCAAAGCCGACUGCACCUUUGACAAGCCCACAACCAAAGCCUGUAUCUCAGUUAACAGAGUAUGAGAUAGUACAAAACAAAAUUAAAAACAUACCCAAUGUAAUGGAUUCUAUUAAAGUCGGUACAUCGGGAUUCAUGUUGUUAAACAAGGAAAGUAAUGGUGACUAUAAUUUAACACUUGUACCCGACGAUGAAAUGGACAACUAUUGCAAAUUGAUUGAUGACAUGAAAGUAGCGUGUGACAAAAUGUUGAAUGAAAAUUCUCUUUUUAGUCCGAACGUUGGCGAUAUGGUAUGUGGUUUAAUCGAGGAUGGUGAGCUGUGGUCUAGAGGCAUAGUCUUAAGAACAACCCCACAAAUCAGAUUAGCUGCCAUUGACGAAAGUCGAGUCUUUGAUACAGUCAGUUGCACACCUGUACCUAAACAAUUCAGUAAUAUUUGCAGUAUGGGUGUAAUGGGUAAACUUUUGCCGAACACUCAGAUGCCGGAGCCCAGACCUUCAGAUUUACAAUUUACUGUUGACAAUGUUUCGAGUGAGUCAGCUAUGAUAACGUUAAAAUCCGAGGAAGUGGAAAACAUUGGCAAGGCUAUAAUAAAUAAAUGGAUUCCUAAAUCUGAAGAAAAAGGAAUCUUGUAUGCUCCCUUGAGCAAUGGCAAUGAGGUGAUGCUCAUGCAUUUUUCUAGUCAAAAUUCAUUGCACGUACGCAAUAUGGAAAAUCUCGAGAAGGAACGAGUUCAUAAACUGGACCAAGAUGUUGCUAAAUAUGCUCUAAAUCGAAAGCCUCUUAGUGCCCCACUAGUAAUUGGGCAGAUAGUCUUAGCACACUACAUCUUAGAUAACAAUUAUUAUAGAGCAAUAGUGACUGCAGUAAAAGACAAAAAGGUUGUAAUUAAAUACAUUGAUUACGGCAAUGACGAGGAAGUCAGUACUGAUAAACUAUUUGAGUUGUCAGAGGAACUUAAAGAACAAACGUCAGGUAUAAGAAAAAUAAAGCUGAAAGAUGUACCAGAAAAUGUUCCGUUAACUCAAGAAGCAAAAGAUUAUUUUGAUCAACUAAUUAUUAAUAGUACAAUUCUAAAGUGCACUUUUACUGGCGAUCCACUAAAAGAUGGUGUUGUAUUGAAAACCGACAAAAAUGAAAAUGUUAAUGACGUUGUAAGGACCUAUUUGAAACCUACAUGGGAAAGAGGUGUAGAAGAUGAUAAAAAAGUGUACACUUUAUAUGAUUUACCAGAUCCAAAGUUAGGAGAUGUUGGAGAUUUAAUAAAAGCAAUUGUAUUAUGUUAUUAUGAAGAGAACGGAAGUCUCAUUUUGUGUCCAGAUGAUCAGAUUGCCCUUAAUGCCAUAUAUUAUGAUAUGCAGAAAAUCAUUGAUAAAUAUAUAGAAAAGACAACGAAUCAUUACAUUCCAAGGGAUGAGGAGCUUUGUAUUGCUAAGUACCAAGAUAAAUUUUACCGUGCAGUUUGUAUCCUUUCUGCUGCAACGCCUAAUGAGAGUCGCGUGCUGUUUAUGGACUAUGGUAAUACAGAACUUGUCCCUCACACUGACAUUCGUCUCUUUACUGAAGACUUCACCAGAUUUCCAGCUUUUGGCAUUAUUUGCAGUCUUUCGCCUACGAUUCCCGAAGAGAAAUUGACUCUUCCAGUUUCUAAACGAAUUGCAGAACUUCUUCCAACAAGCAAUUCUAUUACAGUUAAAAUCAUCAGUAUAGAUGAUGAUCACUCACACCAAGUAGAAAUACCAGAACUUAAAGUUAAAUUAACAGAAGAAGGACUUUUAUAAGUAUCUGCAAUCUUAUUUAUAUUGAUAAAAAUGUAUAUUUUUAGUUUAUUAGCGUGUAAACUUGAAAGUUUAUACAGAGGACUAAUUUUAUUUCUUACGGAGCCAAAAAGUAUAAAAAGGAGUUUAGCUUUAUAAAAGUUUACUUAGGCAAGUCUUAAAUAAAAUUGUUGAUCAUUGUCGUAUCACUAGUAAAGAGAGUGAGAGUUAGCCCCAAGAAUGAAUGGUAAUUUUGUUAGAAUUGAGGUUCAAUUAAAUACGACGUUGUAUUUUAAAAUACGAAUAUAUCUUAAGAUAUAGCUUUGACUAAGCUUUGUAUUCAUAGAAAUACCUCUGUAGUUUCUUUUUUUAUAGUCUUUAAAAAAAACAUUGUACCAUAGGCUUUAAAAAGUUAUUUUAUGAAUAAAUAUUUUCUAUGACUU